AUGGGAAUAUACUCUAGAUCGGUUGCGGUUUCACUCUUUGUGUCGUUCCUGCUGUUUCUUUCUGCCUCCUCCGAGCGCAAUGACGGGACCUUCAGAGUUAACCUGAAAAAACUCAAGUUGGAUCCUAGAAACCGUCUUACAGGACGCUUUGGUUCCAAGCAAGAAAAGCCCCUGAGAGCUUACAGUCUUGGUGGAGAUGCUGACAUUGUCCCGCUGAAGAAUUAUUUAGAUGCUCAGUACUACGGUGAGAUCGCUAUUGGUACUCCACCACAGAAGUUCACCGUGGUUUUUGACACUGGAAGCUCUAACCUCUGGGUGCCAUCAUCAAAGUGCUAUUUCUCAAUUGCAUGUCUCUUCCACUCCAAGUACAAGUCGUCGCGUUCAAGCACAUAUGAGAAGAAUGGGAAAUCCGCCGCAAUUCAUUAUGGCACUGGGUCAAUUGCUGGGUAUUUUAGUAAUGAUGCCGUCACGAUUGGCGAUAUAGUUGUCAAGGAUCAGGAAUUUAUCGAGGCAACAAAGGAGCCUGGUAUCACAUUUGUUGUUGCUAAAUUUGAUGGUAUCCUUGGUCUUGGAUUCCAAGAGAUCUCUGUCGGAAAUGCCACUCCUGUUUGGUACAAUAUGCUCAAGCAAGGCCUUAUCAAGGAGCCGGUGUUUUCAUUUUGGCUUAACCGUAAUGCCGAGGAUGAAGAAGGUGGUGAACUUGUAUUUGGAGGUGUUGAUCCAAAUCAUUUCAAGGGAAAGCAUACUUAUGUCCCUGUGACACAAAAGGGUUACUGGCAGUUUGACAUGGGUGAUGUUCUUAUUGGGAGUGCGCCCACUGGAUUCUGCGAAAGUGGCUGUUCUGCAAUAGCAGAUUCUGGAACUUCUUUGCUUGCGGGUCCAACGACUGUAAUCACCAUGAUAAACCAUGCUAUUGGAGCAGCUGGAAUUGUUAGCCAGCAGUGCAAGACUGUUGUGGAUCAGUACGGGGAGACCAUUUUGGAUUUACUCUUGUCUGAGACCCAACCGAAGAAAAUCUGCUCGCAGAUUGGUCUGUGCACUUUCGAUGGUCACCGUGGUGUCAGCAUGGGCAUUGAGUCGGUGGUGGACAAGGAAAACGCCAAAUUGUCUAAUGGUGUGGGAGAUGCAGCGUGUUCUGCAUGUGAGAUGGCAGUUGUUUGGAUACAGAGCCAGUUGAGGCAAAACAUGACUCAGGAACGCAUAUUGAACUACAUCAACGAGCUAUGUGAGCGUCUUCCCAGCCCAAUGGGAGAGUCUGCAGUGGACUGUACACAACUCUCGACCAUGCCCACUGUUUCGCUCACCAUUGGAGGCAAAGUCUUUGAUCUUUCUCCAGAGGAGUAUGUUCUGAAGGUUGGUGAGGGCCCUGCUGCACAGUGCAUCAGUGGCUUUAUUGCACUUGAUGUUGCUCCACCUCGUGGACCUCUCUGGAUCUUGGGAGAUGUGUUCAUGGGCAAAUACCACACCGUGUUUGACUUUGGAAACGAGCAGGUCGGGUUUGCAGAGGCAGCGUAA